GUAGCCAAUCAAAACGCUCCAAUGUUUUUCCAAGCUCAGGCAGCUAUAAAUGGCUCGAUUGCUUAAAAACACUUCCUCACAAAGUUGACGAGAGAGAGGAGAGGGGCGAUUUAUUCCAGCUACAGAUCAUUGCAUCCUCUCGUAGUCCUCUCUCUUGUCCACCUCUACAAUGGCUCCAACACUAUCUACGGCAUUUGCCCGCAAAUGGUGGAUGGCAGUGACAGCCAUUAUUGAAAACCUUCUGUUUUCUGCUGUACUGCUGGGAUGGGGCUCCCUGCUCAUCAUGCUUCAAUCUGAGGGCUUCUACUCAUACCUCUGCACUGAACCUGGUAACAUCACUUCUAACGCAUCUAUCCCAGCCUCACCAGCAGUAGAGGAAGACUACGUGGAUGAAGACUACCUGUCUGGGCCACAUGGCGAUGGGGUAGAGAUGGUUCCUUUGAAGCCAGCAGAUGACCAUUUGCGAAUGAAUGGCUGGCUGAUCUGUAAAGAACAGGACGAAAUGCUGAAUCUUGCCUUCACUGUCGGAUCUUUCCUUCUCAGCGCUAUCGCACUUCCGCUCGGUAUAGUCAUGGACAAGUACGGGCCGCGCAAACUCCGUCUGACUGGCAGUGCCUGCUUCGGAUUGUCCUGCCUACUUAUCGCUUAUGGAGCCAGCAACCCUAAUGAACUUUCCGUCCUUAUCUUUAUUGCUCUGAUCUUUAAUGGUUUUGGUGGAAUGUGCAUGACCUUCACUUCACUCACCCUGCCUAACAUGUUUGGAGACCUGCGCUCGACCUUCAUUUCUUUAAUGAUUGGCUCCUAUGCGUCCUCUGCUGUUACCUUCCCUGGAGUUAAGGUAAUCUAUGACCUAGGAAUUAACUUCAUCACAAUCCUGGUGGUGUGGGCAGUGUGCGCCGGCCUAGUCUUCAUUAACUGUUUCCUCAACUGGCCACUUGAGGCCUUCCCUGGCCCAGAGGACAUGGACUACACUGUCAAGAUUAAGUUCAGCUGGCUGGGUUUUGACCACAAGAUCACCGGAAAGAAGUUCUACCAGCAGGUGACGACAGUCGGCAAACGACUGAGCACGAACAAUUCUCCAGCACGGAAGGAGCUGGCUACCAGCGAGGGUCACAAACUCUGCCUGUCUACUAUGGACCUGGAGGUUCAAUGUGCAGCUAAAGAAGAAUCUCAAUCGUUCAUGAAGAGCAUCUUCAGCCCUCUUUUCCUGCUCAGCCUGGUCACCAUGUGUGUCACUCAGCUGCGUCUGAUCUUCUACAUGGGAGCCAUGAACAGCAUCCUGGAGUCCAUGAGCGGUGGAGACUUCAAUACAGUUGAGAGAAUGCAGUUGGUGAGCCUGUACACUUCUAUUUUUGGAGUCAUGCAACUGCUGUGCCUUUUGACCACUCCAGUCAUCGGUCAGAUCAUGGACUGGAAACUCAAGGAGUGUGACGACGGAGAGUUUGAUGUGAAAAAUGCCAUUAAAGACCAGCCCCAGCCUAAGCGAAGGGACAGAAAAAUCCAAAAAAUAACCAAUGCCACACGAGCCUUCUUUUUAACCAACCUCAUCCUUGUCGGUUUUGGAAUCACCUGUUUAAUCCCUAUUCUCGAGCUGCAGCUGGUUUCAUUUGUUUUGCAUACCAUCGUUAGAGGCUUCAUCCACUCAGCCAUUGGAGGACUUUAUGCUGCUGUGUAUCCAUCUGGUCAAUUUGGAACCCUGACAGGAAUGCAGUCCUUGAUUAGUGCCUUGUUUGCCCUGUUGCAGCAGCCUCUGUUUGUGGCCAUGAUGGGACCACUGGGGCGAGAUCCUCGCUGGGUGGACGUGGGUCUCCUUGUCCUCAGCAUGAUGGCUUUUCUGCUGCCCCUUUACCUGCUGUGCUUCCGCAGAUCGCUUCAAAAAAAAAGGAAAGAGAAAGAAAAUGAUGCCAAGAUCUACAUCAAAAUCAACGGCACUGACAAACCCGAGGCCUUCGUGUAGAGCCGGAGCGAAUUUACAAAUCGAAACAACGAUGUGCAAGAAAGACAGUGUAAACACGUGUGCCAAGAAAGUAUACAACUGAUGCACAUUAACAGAUAUGUUUUUUUUCUCACAUAGAGACUUGUCAUGGAAACUGAGACCAUCCUAGUGACAGAGAAUGAGAAACAUUUGUAAAAGAUGUGGAAUUAGUGAUUAGUUUUUUUAAAUUGUGUUUUGUAUGUGAGAUUUCUAACGUCUGACUGAGCAUGUUGCUCAUAAUAUGCAUCAUAUUUGCACAUACUGUUCUGCUGCUUGGCUCUGAGCGCCUUGAUGACGUGCUGCACAAGGUUCAGUGAAGAAGCUGACAGAAAAGGAAGAAAAAUAGAAAAAACGACAUUUUAGCAAAAAGUACCUUUGUGAAGUGCCUUAGUCAUAAUGUCCCUAAAAUGUGUUAUAAUUUAUUGCCACAGUUCCUUAAGAGGCAUUAAAAAGCGUACAAAGUCUCACUGUGCAUUUGUUACUAGAAGGUUAAAUGCAAAUGUUUGCACCCCCAGAUUUUUUAAUGCGGGAAUCAAAUAUUAUUUCCAAAUAAAUUUUACAUUUAAAUAUAAAUUUUAAUAUAGAAAAAAGUGUUCAUGCCAUGUAGCAAAAUGAAAUAUUUUAAGAUAAAUGGGUACUCCUGAUCCACCUCAUGAUCUGUGUCAUAAUGGAAGCAGGGCAGUAGACCCUGACCAGGACAAAGUGUUUUUCAUAAAUAACAGGACCAGUAAAGUGACAGGAAAAUGACAUUUAGAGAAGGCUGUUCAGAAUGUUUUUUUUUCCAAUGAAAAAAGCCAUUGUAAAGUAAUGUAGUAAGAACACCAUUUAAGUCAUUAGAUGACUUGAGUCAUUAGAUUAAGAGAAUUUAAAUUAAGUUCUAAAAGCCAUUGGGAAACAAAGCCUUAACAGAGUGGUUUAGAUAAGCAUUUACAAAGAAUCAGUUAGGAAACAGUCAUUUAAAUAAUUAAGAUUAAGAUUUAUUUCAUUUAAUUGUAUCCUGGUCAAUGCUACAGCGGCUCCAGAUUCUCUGGGAAACAGGGGACGCCAGGCAGGGAUAACCUGGAUCCAUCUCCAACCUCACCCGUAUGAUCCUAUUUUUGUACAAAAUAUAAGAUUGAAGUUAAUGUGACCCUACGGCAGUAAAUGAAAAAAAAUGAAUAAAAAAGAAUUUAAAGUUUAAAA